GCGGGGCGGGCGGCAUGGCGGCGGGCGGCGCGGAGCGGUACUUUACGCGCUGGUAUAAGCCAGACGUGAAGGGGCGGCCUUGCGAGGACUUCUGCGUGCUGCAGCACUCCAACAGAAUCUGUGUCAUCACCUUGGCAGAAGCUCAUCCUCUUCUUCAAAGUGGAAAAACAAUUGAAAACAUUAAUUACCAAAUUAGUGCCAACUGUAGCAGACUCCAGAAUAAGGUCUCUGGGAAAUCAAAAAGGGGAGCUCAGUUUCUAACAGAACUUGCCCCUUUGUGCAGGAUAUCUUCAUCAGAUGGAGAGGAAUACACUAUUUACAGUUGUAUACGAGGGCGACUGAUAGAAGUGAAUGAAAACAUCCUUAGCAAUCCUGCUCUUCUACAAGAAAAGCCAUCAACUGAGGGAUACAUCGCAGUGGUGCUACCCAAAUUUGAAGAAAGCAAGAGUGUAACUCAAGGACUUCUGACACAGAAGGAGUAUGAGGAAGUUUUGUUGAAACGUCUUAAUUCUUCAUGACAUUUGUUAUAGUUAUCACCUGUAUUUGAUUCUAAGUAAGCUACUUUUAUUGUACACUGCAACAGCAUUGAAGGGCCUAGUGCCUGCUUUUAAAAGUGGAACUUAAACAAUUGAUUCAUACAAGAAUAAAUCAAAUUGUUUGUAUCUUGAAA